UCGGCCAUUCACACACAAAUUCGCCCCCUCUUUCUCUCUCCCCCUGCAGACUGCAUCACCUCGAAACAAGCAACUCUCACUGUAGAAAGCCAGCCAAGCUCAAACAGUCGUUUUGGACCUUACUUCCCCUCUCUCACUUACCGCGUCUCAUUUGCUUUCUUCCUCAACGUUUCUCCACUCCCGUCACUCCAUUCUUACCGUCGCCAGCCCACUUUGGAGUGAGAGAGAGAGAGCGAUGGAAGCAAUGCCGCCAGCCCAUCACUUCCUCUUGCUCCUCUUCCUCUUCUCCUUCACCCCUGCCCUCGCGCGCAGACUCCUCCACCAUCCCUUCUUCCCACUUACCUCUUCUUGGCCUCCUGCACAACCCCCGUCCAUUACCUUCCCCAAAUAUCCGUCCUCAACCAGUCAAAAACCCUUCUUUCCUUCCAACCCCACCCCUCCUCCACCACCACCUCCACCCAUCUCUGCUUCGUCAUCCCUUCCUACCUUCCCGGCCAACAUUUCUUCUCUGAUCACACCUUCUUCCCGUUCUCCUACUACCAAACUUCUCCAAGCCAUCGCCUUUCCCAUUCUCUCCCUCGCGCUUCUAUCUCUUCUCCUCCUUCUCUAUCUCUUCUUCCGCCGAAGAAGCCGGCCAGACAACGCCAAUGAAGACUCCGAUAGCGACCGCCUUUUUCCUCCCAACUCUGCUGCUUCCGACCGCAAACCUUCGGCAAACUCUGGACCUGUGAGCUCCGAGUUUCUUUACCUGGGCACUCUUGUGAACUCCCGUGGCCAGGAAGACAGUUCCAGCGCGCCUCCACUAUUUCCGCCGCCGGCGAGCUCUCCCGAGCUCCGACCUCUACCGCCACUUACUCGCCAUGUUCGGAAGGGGAAUGGCGAUGGGGGCUUCUCUUCAGAGGAGGAGUUUUACUCCCCAAGCGGUUCUCCUGGUGAGAAGCGGGGUGCUGAUUUCAAGCAUGGAUCGAGCUCAAAAUUGAAUUUUUUUGUGGCUGCGCCUCUUCCUGAGAAACGCGGGUCGACCGUUUCGACGCUGAGCACUCCCUCCUAUCCAUCUUCGAAUGUUGCGUCUUCACCUUCAUCUUCGCCACCUAUUGGCUCUAGCCCGGGAAGAUCAAGCUACAUGCCACCAACUGUUUCCAUUUUCCGGCCGCCGCAGCCGCCUCCUCCGCCUCGUGCGCCGACCUCGCUUCGUCCGAUGACUCCUUCGCCUCCAAAAAGGAGACCCCUUUCCUCUUCUCCGCCAUUUUCUCCAUCGAAUAAGGUACCAGAUAUGUUAUCAAGUCAGAACCAUUGGUCGCCUAGGAGCAUUGGGGAGUUUGCAAGAAACCCUUUUGUCGUUCUUCCGCCAGCGCCUCCUCCUCCUCCAUCCGCCCAGCAGUCAUAUGGCGUGGUGUUUUCCACUGACACACAUGGAGGUUGCGCUAUGGGAAGGAGUGAGGAAACACCAAAGCCCAAGCUGAAGCCUUUGCAUUGGGAUAAGGUCAAGGCGAGCUCCGAUAGAGCAAUGGUUUGGGAUCAGAUGAAAUCUAGCUCAUUCCAGUUGAAUGAGGAGAUGAUUGAGACCUUAUUUGUUUAUGAUGCAAAAACCAUGGCACCGGACGGUGGGAGGAGGAUGAUUUCUUCUGCUGCAGUGCAAGAGAAUAGAGUGCUGGAUCCGAAGAAGUCUCAGAACAUUGCCAUUCUGCUUAGAGCACUGAAUGUAACCAAGGAGGAAGUUUGUGAGGCGCUCUUGGAUGGUAACAGUGAUACUCUUGGUAAUGAACUUCUGGAGACAUUACUGAGAAUGGCUCCAAGCAAAGAUGAAGAGCAUAAACUGAGAGAGUACAAUGAUAAUUCCCCUUUUAAGCUCGGACCAGCGGAAAAAUUUCUCAAGGCGGUGCUCAACACUCCGUUCGCCUUCAAAAGAGUUGAAGCGAUGCUCUACAUUGCCAAUUUUGACUCUGAAGCUAAUUACCUUAAAAAAUCAUUUGCAACUCUUGAGACAGCCUGUGAAGAGCUAAGGAGUAGCCGCCUUUUCCUAAAGCUUCUCGAGGCUGUUCUCAAAACCGGUAACCGUAUGAAUGUCGGAACGAAUCGCGGCGAUGCACAUGCCUUCAAGCUCGAUACACUCCUCAAACUAGUCGACGUGAAGGGUACCGACGGUAAGACCACUCUCCUUCAUUUUGUUGUUCAAGAAAUCAUCAGGGCCGAGGGUUCCCGCAAUUCCGCUGCCAAAGUUCGCUCGAACACGGUUGGAGAUGAUCUCGAAUGCAGACGACUUGGUCUCCAACUUGUCUCUGGACUCGGGAACGAACUCAGUAAUGUGAAAAGUUCCGCCGGUAUGGACUGCGAUGGGCUUAGUGGCUCGGUGCAGAAGCUCGCCGGAGGCAUCAGAAAAGUUCGAGAGGUGCUCAGACUAAAUGAAGCUCUGAGACCAGCAGACAAUAGUCAGAGGUUUCAUGAUUCCAUGAUGGGAUUUCUGAAAAAGGCUGAGGCUGAAAUAGUUAAGCUUCAAGUUCAGGAGAGCGUUGCGUUUGCACUGGUGAGGGAGAUAACUGAAUAUUUUCAUGGGAACUCGGCGAAAGAAGAAGCUCACCCUUUCAGAAUCUUCAUGAUUGUGAGGGAUUUCCUCAACAUUCUGGAUCAGGCCUGUAAAGAGAUUGGGAGGAUUAACGAGAGAACGUUUAUCGGCUCGGUUCGUCAGCCGUCGGCUCAAGUAGGCCAAAUGGCUCCACCAGUCUUUCCUAAGUUUCAGGGAAUGAGGUCUGGGAGUUCUGAUGAUGAGAACUCCUCGUAAGCUUAGGCUUAGUUCCUUGAAAGUUGGAUGUUUGUUCCUACAUGAUGGUUGAAGUUUUGAUUGGCUGCAAAGCUUGUAGGGCUGUUAGAAGCAGGUUUUGUAGCCAAGAGCAUGUAGAAUAUGAACUUGUGUUUCUGUGCUGAAUUAUAUGACCAUGUAUACAUGAUGGGAAUUUAUUGAGAUGAUUUUGUUUUGCAGUUUAGGAGUGAUUUGUUAUUUAGUAAAUUGGGUAGUAUAACGUUCAAUGCUGAAAUA